CCGGGCUUCCGGGUCAGCGCUGGCGGCGGAGCACGUGCGCUCCUCCCUUUCUGCGGCGGAAGGGCGAGCCGGCGAGUGAGGUGGCCGGAGAGAUCCGGGGAGGGAGCCGGGAUUCCCGGGCCCUUUCGAAGCCCGCAGGGCCCCCGCCAUGGCCGAGCCGGGCCCCCCGAGCGAGCCCGAGCGCGCCCUGCGCCGCCGCCUGCCCCGCCGCCUGCCCCGCCGCCGCAGCGACAUCUACGUGAACAUGAAGACGGACUUCAGGGCGCAGCUGAGCCGCUGCCAGAAGCUGCUGGCGCCCGGGAGCGGCUGCCCCGAGAUCUGCAUCCACGGGCUGGGGCUGGCCAUCAACCGCGCCAUCAACAUCGCGCUGCAGCUGGAGGCGGCCGGCAGCGGCGCCCUGCGCCUGGCCGCCAACACCUCCACCGUGCAGCUGGCCGACGCGGCCGAGCCCGAGGGCGACGGCGAGGAGCCGCUGGCGCGCGCCCGCCACAACUCAGCCAUCCACAUCCGCGUGCUGCGCGCUGCCCCGGAGUAGUGCCAGCAGGGCCAGGCCCUGGGGAGGAGGAGGAGGAGGAGGUGGUGGCCGGGACCAGCCGCGCUCCUGCUCUGCCGGCUGCCGACCUGAAGGCUUGAGGAUUGCUUGAUUCCUGACCCUGAGAAGGGCCGCGCUGGAGCAACCCAGAAAGAGACGGGGGGGGGGGCUGCUUUGUGUCCUUUAGCUGCCCGCGUGUCUCUGACCCCAGCCCCGGGGAAUGAAUAAAAACCUGUGUAUGUUUCUUGA